AUGCUAAUGUCUUCAGAAGAGAGACCCGACUCAGAGGAACCAGAGACGUCUGAACCAGCGAGACGACACCACUGUUCCCAGUGUGGAAAGAGUUAUACCCGUUUAUGGAGCCUGAAAAACCACAAGAGAACACAUGCAGAGAAGAAGUCUUACAACUGUUCCCAGUGUGGAAAGAGUUUUAACCAUUUAGGGAAUCUUAAAAACCACAAGAGAACACACGCAGAGAAGAAGUCUUACAACUGCUCUCAGUGUGCAAAGAGUUUUACUCAUUUAUGUAACCUAAAAUCGCAUGAGAGACGACACACAGGAGAUAAGCCUUACCAAUGCUCUCAGUGUGGUAAGAGAUUUAUUGAGUCAACAGAACUGAAAGUUCAUAAGAGAAUACACACAGGGGAAAAACCAUUCCAAUGCUCUCAGUGUGUAAAGACAUUUUCCCGACCAGGGGACCUGAAAUCACAUGAGAGAAUACACACAGGGGAAAAGCCGUACCACUGUUCCCAUUGUGAAAAGAGUUUCGGCUGGUCAGGGACACUGAAAGAGCAUGAGAGAAUGCACACAGGAGAAAAGCCAUUCCAAUGCUCGCAGUGUGGAAAGGGUUUUGGCCAGUUACGGUACCUGAAAACGCACGAGAUGAUUCACACAGGAGAGAAGCCUUUCCAGUGCUCUCAGUGUGGAAAGAGUUUUAUCCUGUUAGUAAACCUGAAAUCACACGAGAGAAUACACACAGGGGAAAAACCAUACCAUUGUUCCCAUUGUGAAAAGAGUUUCAGCUGGUCAGGGACACUGAAAGAGCAUGAGAGAAUACACACAGGAGAAAAGCCAUUCCAAUGCUCUCAAUGUGGAAAGGGUUUUACCCAGUCAGGGAGCCUAAAAAUGCAUGAGAGAAUGCAUACAGGAGAAAAGCCAUUCCAAUGCUCUCAAUGUGGAAAGAGUUUUACCCAAUUAAGGAGCCUGAAAAGUCAUGUGGUGACACACAGAGGGUAGCCUCACCUCUGCUCCCAGUGUGGAAAGAGUUUUACCCAAUUAAGGGUCCUGAAAGAGCAUAAAAUAAUACAUGUCACUAAUAGGACCUGAAAUCACAUGAGAGAAAAGAGAGGCUGUGUUCUGACCUUUGUACUUUGACUGAGAAUGUGUUGAAAUCUAAUGAAAUCCAUGAAAUCUAAUUUGUAAAUAUAAAAUCACACUCACAAAUAGGCCUACAUUUAUUUUUUAUUUGUCAUCUUGAGGCAUGUUCAGAUUUGAUCAAAUGCAUUUUCUAUUUUGUUUUGAUUAUAAGCUUUGAUUGGAUACAAACUAUUAGCUCAAAAAAUCUUAUAAUUUGGAAAUUUCAAAAUGUAACUUAACAUAUAGAUGGAUAUAAUUUGUUUUUUUCAUUCUAACCUUGAUUCUUUGAACUUUGAAACAUCUUUCAAUAGUUUUUUAUUGAGUAAAUGUGUAACUAUUCAUCAAGAUAAAGGACUAUGA